AUUAAACCCUGGAGCAUUUUUUUCAGAAGAAUACUAAAACUUGCAUCAGUUGUAAACAAACUAAAGCGAGUUUAGUGAAAUAAAACGAAUAAAAUGGGAGGAAAGGUUUCGUAUGAACUGGAGCAACAGAAGAAUGUAGAGACCGACGAAACUGAAGUUGAGGUUAUUGAGUCAAAUGGGUUUAAGUCAAAGACAAAAAUCACUCGAAAUCUGAGCUACAGAUGUGGUGCUGGACGUGAGAGCUGGGGGGCAGGAUUCAAGGAUCCCAGUUUUAAAUCCAGAGGAUUCGGAGACAUUGAUAAAAAAGAAAUAAACCUGACAAUUGAGAUUCCUCCAGAAGCCGAGGGAACGGCGGGCAGAAAAGGAACUUUUGUUAGAAAAGAAUAUGUCUUGUAAAAUAAAUAAUUUAGAAAUAUCGUAUUUACUAUUGUAAAACCAUUCUGAUUUAAAAAUAAACAUUUGAAGUCAAA